AUGGGUAAUAGACAAAGUGCAAGGAGUAUCCAGCCCUUCCUGUACAAAUAUGCUAACGAGUUGAGCUUUGUCGAGACUAUGAAUACAGCGCUGAUUAGUACAGUCGUGGUCGAGAUAGAUGAGCUCCCAAUCGUCUGCAAGAUGUACUUCGACUCCCCGAAGGUUAUUGACGAAAUUUUCCACUCAGUUAAAGAAUACAUUGAGAAUAUGAGAGAAAUGUUUGACUCGAACUCUCACCCUAAUCUGUUGCUCUAUGAUUCAGCACAUUUGAGAAACAAUUGUAUCAUGAUGAUGAGACAGUAUAUGUGCAACAAUUUGAGAGAUCGGAUGAUACAGAAGAUACCAAUAAUUGAAAAGAAAUGGAUCGCUUUCCAGCUCAUCUGUGCGGUCAGUCAACUUCAUUCCAAGGCUGUUACUCAUGGUGACCUCAAGCCUGAGAACAUCUUAUUGACGUCUUAUGACUGGCUGUUUGUGACAGAUUUUUUAACAGUCGAAAAUGUUUAUUGCGUCAGCCCGAAAGGAGAUGAAAAUCAGAGGUUUGUAAAUUAUAAGCCAACCUAUGUAGAAGAAGAGUCAUGGAACUUGUACAAUGUCUUCUUCGGUGAACUUGAUAACAAUAAGAUGUGAUACAUCGCACCUGAGAGAUGCAUCUCAGUAGAUGAAUACAUUUCCAAGACCUCUGGAGACUAUUCAGUGCAACCCUCAAUGGAUGUAUUUUCUGUCGGAUGCAUCAUUGCAGAGAUAUUUUUGGAUGGAAAACCCUUAUUUGAUCUGGCAAGGCACCAGCUGUAUCGGAAGAAUCAAUUUAAUCCCAAAGACAUCCUCAGAUUUAUUGGUGAUGAGGAAAUAGAGGCUUUGAUUCUAGAGAUGAUUGCUCUAGAUCCUCAGAAUAGGAGCAGUAUCGAUAUUUACAAGGAUAAAUGGUUGGAGAGCGUUUUCCCAAAAUCAUUCUCGUGCAUUCUUUAUCAACUAGGAGCUGUCAUCUUAAGAGAGAACCUCCUCUUCCCAGAUGAAAGGAUCUCAAUGAUUAGAAAGUACAUUGAUGCAGCUUGGGUAGCCUGAUUCGGGGAGGAAAUUAGCCCUCAAGAGCUAGUAGUUCCCAUGAAUGCUGAUAUUUUUGAAUAUUUAAGGUUCGAGAACUUCCCAAACAUUAUUACAGAUCUUUGUCCAGACUUCGACUGUAUAAUUAACCAUAAGAAUAAUGGAGAAAGAAGUAUCACACUGGUAGAAAUUGAAGAUGAGAAAAAGAAGCAGAACGCUAGUGAUAGCGCUGUGGUGCUGGUCUACAUGAUUGGUACAAUGAUCCAAUACUGCAGGUAUCCAGAUACAAAAGUCUUAGCCUUGGAGAUGCUCACUAGUAUUGGAAAGAAAAUUCGAGAGGAAUAUCGUCUCCAAUAUAUUGUACCAUUUGCAGUAUCUUGCUUGAAAGAUGCUAUGUGCAAAGUCAGAAUUAGUGCAAUUGAUUGCAUUAUUGAAGUCUUGAAGGACUGAGAAAUCAUUGAGAUCAAGUACACAGAUUAUUACGUAUUUGAUACUUAUCUCCUUCCAUUAUUUAGCAGAAUGCUUGAUGACGAGAACCAGGCUGUACAACUCAAGUUGAUAGAAAUACUCCCGAAUUUAGUAAACAUUGGUAAAAUGUUUAUUGCCAGUGUCAAUAUGCAUCAACAAAAGAUCACAAUGCUGGCUAAUGACGAUAUUUUUGAGCUAGAAAUAGGUGAAGACCAGAGAGAAGAAACUCUGUUCUCUCAAUUUGAUCCUGAUGAUGAUACUUUCGAGAAUAAUUCAUGUGAAGCGGAAGAUCAAUUCUCUCCAUUAAGAGAUUCUACUGUUCGAUUUUCUCAAGGAGAAGGAGAAGAUGAUACAAAUCAUCAAGGAGAUCAACCAGCAGAAGGUGAAGACCUUGAUACAUCUAAAUUAGAGCUCCAAAGACAAAUUGAAGAAGAUAUGAGAAUGACUGAGAUUGCAGAAACAGUUUUCGAAGAGACUAAAAUUCCUGAAGCAUGGAGCAGAACCAGAUUUGUCACUGAUGAACAAAAGACCAGGAGCAUUCUCGGACUUGCUUAUAAUAUACACUUGAAUGAGACAGAGUAUGAUCUUGCUUAUGACCAAGACCAAGAGAAAAAUAUUGAAGCUGAGAUAGAGCAACUCAAAGAGAAGAUUCUUGAAAUUGUAGAUAAAAUUAUAGUUGAGCAAGAUCCAAAGAAAAACUGUGUGUUAAUGUCAAAUAUUGAAGAAAUCGCUGAAUUUCUUGGUGAGCAAAUCAAUUCAGAGAGGCUUCUGGCAUAUAUUCUUUCAUUCCCAAAUAUUAAAGAUGACAUGCUAACAAUAUCGACUUUGAGAGGAUUAAAAGUAUUCUCUCACUAUCUUCCUGAGUUGGAAGAGCUCAAGUAUAUCUUGACAAGUUGCGACAAUUUAUUCUAUGAUCCGAACGAAAUCAUAGUGCUUGAAGCUAUAAAAACAGUCCAUUAUUUUGCUGUUAACCAUCGCUCUGUUUUUGAUUCUAAUGAUCAGUGUCUGAAAAUCACGCAAAAAUUGAUUGAAUUUGGAAUGCAUCCAAAUGAACAGAUCAAGCAUUGGGCAAUUGUGACAUUUUGAGAAAUCCUAAAGCACAAGUCAGUUGCAUAUAUUUAUUGAAACCUGUUCAAAAAGAUUAAGCGUUACUUGAUAAUGCCAGAUCUGAAGAUGCUCUCAGAUCCAAACUCAGUAAAGCUCUACAUUCAGCCACAAGUUUCUAGAUUUUGUUUUGAUUUGGCUACAAACAGGUUUUAUUUCACAUCGAACAAAGAAGUGAUCCUAUCAUUUCAGGAUAAAUCAGCUCUUUGUUUAAUUCAGUCGAUGAUAGACUGCAUUCCGAAAUUUCUAAGCUCAAAGAGUCUCACUGACCAAGACCUCAGAUAUAUCAACUACCAGAUCACUAAGGCAAGAUGGAAGGAAGAUUUUGAUAUCUCUCCCGAGGAAUGUGAGCAAUAUGUUGAGAAAUACUACUACCCUAUGAAAUCCAUUGAUCUUGAUAUCAAGAGCAAUGAGUCUAACUAUGGAGUAAACCAUCCUCAGAGAAAACCCAACAAAUCAGCAUAUGACGUUCAUCAUCUUGAGUUUUAUAAUUCUGCGAAAGGGCUUGUGCUCGUAGACCAGCAUCUCCUUACAGGGUCCUCUGGAGAGAGUAUCAUUAAGAGAAGUGCUGAUUUAGGAUCAUCUGAAGAUGAAGGAGUGAUCAGUCAAUGGCAUCCGAAAGGAAGACUCAUAGAUACCAUUUAUCCUGUGAACUCUAAUAAUGACCUUCCUCAUCCAAUUACGACAUUAGUGACAUCUGAUAACUCCGAGAAUUUGAUCUCUGGCUCUAAGGAUGGGAUGCUCCAUUUCUUUAAUCUUGGAUAUGACAGGACUGAAGUAAGCAUAGAAUGAGUUGAGUCAAUGUUUAUUACUGAUCUGGAAAAGCCAAGACAGAUUAAUUCCAUAUCUGUGCUAAACUCAGACACUACCUUCUGAGUUGGUCUUGAUGAGGGGUUACUAGACAUUUACUCUCCUCAUGGCUCUAAGAACUCGACUAUUGCAAUGAUUCAAAGGAUUGCAUGAGCCGACAAAGGAAGUGUCUGAAAAACAGUUUCAUUUUCUAAAGAUUUUAGCAGAGAAAAUGUCUUCGCUUAUGCUACUCAGAAGGGAAAUGUAUACACUCAUGAUUUGAGAGUGAAGCUUGAUGUCAACAAUUAUAAUAUUGGGCUGAAAUUUGGAAUUCCUACUUCAAUGACAACUGCAAAUAUGAAUGGCACUCAUAAGAUCGUGGUAGGGACUAUGGGAGGAUUCAUCCAUCUUUAUGAUGUCCGUUAUAAUGUCCCAAUGGAAAUCUAUGAACACUCAAGAAAUCACCCUAUCUUUGAUAUGUGUAUGCAUUAUCCUAGUUUAUCAUAUAAAUAUAAGAUGUUCACUGAGAUAAAUGAGACUCAAAAUCCUCAUUGAUUGAUUUCUUCUGGAGGAUCUGUUGCUUCCUACAACCAAAGAAGUCAAAAUGAGACUCCAUAUAUGACUCAUGAAGUGUCAUUCUUAGAUCUCUACCAAGGACAAAUGAAAGCAGUCUUCUCAGUAGAUGAUACAACCAAUGUUUGAGAUGAGCCAAUAGAAGUUUCCGAAUUCAUUAGUCAUGAUCCAAUCGCUCUAUCUAGAAAACCAGGUUCCAUCAAGUUCAGAGAUAGCAUUUACAAAUCUUUGACUGCCAAUUAUGUGACUAAAGUACUAUGCCCAACAUUACCUAGCAUGGAUAAGUCUGCUCCAUACUUUAUCUCAGCGGGAACUGAUCGCAAGAUCAGGUACUGGGCUAUUUGAAAGGACAAAACUUCUAAUUACUAUAAUAUCAGUACUCCCAUUGUGAAUGAGAGUGAAUAUAAAGAAGUCUACCUUGGUGAUGUGUAUUGUGUACAAGAAAAGGUUACUGAAAGACCAGCAGAACCUGCAAAUUUAGUCACAGGAGUUUCAUAUUCGAAGAAAAGCAGGGCUGUUAUUGCAAAUAAGAGCUCUUUACAUCCAAUAAAUGCUAUUAAUGAGGCGAUGUUCCCAGAUUCUAACGGAAUCAGUUCAUGACAAAGAUUUAAUCCAAGUGAGUUUAUAGAAUACAAAGGAUCUGAGGCUGCUACUCCAAAUCAAGAGGGAACAUCAAAGCUUGAACAAAGAUAUCCUGUGGAAAACUCAGCACACCAAGAUGCCAUUCUUGACAUGACAAUAGCAGAGAAUCCUCAACUAGGAGCCUACCUCUUCACAGCUGGAAGAGAUGGAGUGAUAAAAUGUUUCUCAUAAUUUUAGACUUUAUUUUAAUGGUGUUGAUAAA